CGACGCCGCCGCCGAACAAAAGAAAGCGCACUUUCAGUACAAUGGACGGGCAGCAGCAUGUGGAUCCGAGCCAGGGAAACGUUCCACCUGGUCGGAAUCAGCAUCCGAACGGACAUCCACAGUUCCACCAGCAGCAGCAGCUGCCUCCUCAAGCUCCGCAAGGGCACAAUCCGGGAAGCAGUCCGCCCGGUCAGCAUACGCAGUAUCGCCAGCAGCCGAUUUACCCUCCAGGGAUGUCGGCAGACAAUGUCAUCGUGCAAAUCUUGCAACAACUGCAGCAGCAGCAGGCAGUCACGAACCAGCUUCUUCAACAACAGCGCGAAUCCGCCCAGCAACAACAGGGGUUUCUGCAGCAGCAGGAAGCGCUUUUCCGGAAUGCCAUGGCUUCUAUCAAUGUCAGCGUUCCGCCAAAUCCAGAAGCGAUUCUGGACUCUUUAGCUGGUAACAUCAAAGAGUUCCAGUUUGAUCCUGAGAACCACUGCACCUUCGCUGCUUGGUUUGCGCGCUACGAAGAUCUUUUCGCCAAGGAUGCGCAGAGGCUCGAUGACGAUGCGAAGGUAAGGCUACUUUUGCGUCGCCUGGGAACCAACGAGCACUACAGGUAUGUGAGCUACAUACUUCCCAGUACGCCGAAGGACUUCACAUUCGACGUCACAGUUCAGAAGCUCACAGCGCUGUUCGGGACCACGGAAUCAACGGUGAAGAAACGCUACAGCACGCUCACCAUCACUAAAGUCCCGACUGAAGAUUAUGUCACUUUUGCGUGUCGGGUGAACAAAAUGUGCGUAGAGUUCGAGCUGACGAAGAUGUCCGAGCAGCAAUUUAAGUGUUUGAUGUUCGUUUGCGGAUUGAAGGGAGAAUGCGAUGCCGAUGUACGAACCAGGUUGUUGGCGAAGAUCGAGAGCAACGAUGACGUCACCCUGGAAGCGAUGAUCGAGGAAUGUCAGCGGCUCAUUAAUUUGAAGAACGACACAGCGAUGAUCGAAGGCCCAUCGGGACAGGUGCAAGCAAUCCAAAGAGGUCCACAGCAUCAGAGUAAGUUCCGGAAGCGGUCAAACGAAAGGCGUAAUGCUCCACGAGCACCAGAUGAGCAGAAGAAGGUACCAGCCACUCCGUGCUGGAAUUGCGGUGCGAUGCAUUUCUCAAACCACUGCAGUUUCCGGAAUCACCGAUGCACCGAAUGCAGGCAGUUUGGCCAUAAAGAGGGUUACUGCUCAAGUGCCAAGCGAUCGUCCAAGCCAAGAAAGCAGCGUAGCGGAAAGUUCUCCACCAAGACCAUCGCACUUACCGUCGGUAACGUACAGAGCAAGCGGCGAUUUGUGCAGGUGGAAAUCAACGGCGUACCUGUGCGUCUUCAGCUGGAUACGGCGUCGGACAUAACCAUUGUGUCCGAGCAGGUCUGGAAGCAACUAGGCCAACCAACUGUGGUUCCAGCAACACAGAUCGCCAAAUCAGCAUCUGGUGAACAACUCGAUUUGGAACACGAAUUCGCAUGUGAGGUGUCUUUCAACGGGUUGGCCCAGCAGGGCCGCAUUUUCGUCUCCAAGCGCUCGCUCAACUUACUGGGCAUCGACUUCAUCGAUAAGUUCAACCUUUGGUCACUACCGAUGGACAACUUUUGCAAUCAGGUAAGCGGUGUGCCUGUUGAUGCCAGUUCUUUGCAGAAAGCGUACCCCAAGCUGUUCAGCAACACGCUGGGCCUGUGCAACAAGGCCAAAAUCAAGCUAGCUCUCAAGGAAUCCUGCCGACCGAUCUACCGCCCUCGCAGACCGGUUUCCUACGCCAUGCUGCCAACAGUGGAUCAAGAGCUCGACCGUCUGGAACGGUUGAACAUCAUUUCACCAGUGGACUACUCCGAAUGGGCAGCGCCAAUCGUGGUGGUCAGGAAGGCGAACGGCAGCAUUCGCAUUUGUGGAGAUUACUCCACUGGACUGAACGAGCGACUCCAACCUCAUCAAUACCCGCUCCCCCUGCCACAGGAUAUCUAUUCCAAGUUGGCGGGUUGCACGGUGUUCAGUACGAUCGAUCUGUCGGACGCGUUCCUUCAAAUGGAGGUCGACGAAAGUUCCCGUAGCAUGCUCACGAUCAAUACACACCGUGGCCUGUAUCAGUAUAAUCGAUUGCCACCCGGUGUAAAAGCUGCUCCAGGUGCAUUCCAGCAAAUGAUAGACACCAUGCUGGCCGGACUACCGGGUACAUCUGGCUACUUGGACGAUGUCAUCGUCGGUGGCAAGAACGCCGAGGAGCACCAACGCAAUCUUCACGCAGUUUUGCAGCGGAUCCAAGAGUACGGAUUCACUAUACGUCCUGAAAAGUGCUCCUUUGCGAAACAUCAGCUCGGGUACUUGGGUCUUCUGCUGGAUCGCCAUGGAAUCCGCCCGGAUCCUGUCAAGAUCGCAGCAAUCAAGAACAUGCCACCACCGAAGGACAUUAGCGGAGUUCGCUCUUUUCUAGGCGCUAUAAAUUAUUAUGGGAAAUUCGUCCCAAAUAUGAGAACUCUUCGCUAUCCGUUGGACGAGUUACUCAAAUGCAGCUCAUCGUUCAACUGGACCCCAGAAUGCCAGCAGGCGUUCGACAAAUUCAAGGAAAUACUGUCCUCCGACCUCCUGCUCACCCAUUAUGACCCGAAGCAAGAAAUAAUAGUGUCCGCCGACGCGUCAUCAGUUGGAGUUGGGGCAACUAUAAGCCAUAAGUUCCCUGACGGCAAAGUCAAAGUCAUCCAGCACGCUUCCCGGGCACUGACAGCGGCGGAAACAGGAUACUCCCAGCCGGAUCGAGAGGGUCUAGCGAUUAUAUAUGCAGUAACAAAAUUCCAUAAGUUCAUCUUUGGAAGAAGAUUCCGGCUUCAAACAGACCAUGCGCCGCUACUACGGAUUUUCGGGUCCAAAAAGGGCAUCCCGGUUUACACGGCCAACCGGCUCCAGCGCUGGGCCCUAACACUACUCAACUACGACUUCUCCAUGGAAUACGUCUCGACUGACAAGUUCGGGAAUGCUGAUGUGUUGUCCAGGCUCAUCGACCAGCAUGCCAAACCAGACGAGGAUUUCGUCGUGGCCUGCACCACCUUGGAGGAAGAUUUGAGGUCAGUAGCGGUCAAUAGCGUAAAUUGUUUGCCUCUCAGUUUCAGCAUGGUCCAACAAGCAACCAAAACCGAUCCAGUUCUUCGCAAAGUGUAUCGUUUCGUCCGAGAUGGUUGGCCCACAUCGAAGCACGAUCUACGGGACAACGAACUACGGCAAUUCCACGACCGCCAAGAAGGGCUGUCGAUCGUCCAAGAGUGCAUUAUGUUCGGGGACAGACUGGUGAUCCCCGCAGUUUACCGGAAGAGGUGCUUGAAUCAACUCCACAAGGGCCAUCCGGGCGUGCAGCGGAUGAAAGCCAUUGCACGCAGCUAUGUGUAUUGGCCAGGAUUGGAUGAGGAAAUAUCCAGCUUCGUUAAGGCUUGUCAGCACUGUGCAUCUGCAGCACGGUCUCCUCCAAAAGCUAGACCGGAACCGUGGCCAACUACAACCGCUCCAUGGCAGCGUGUUCAUGCUGACUAUGCGGGCCCGUUGGAUGGAGAGUUCUACCUCAUCGUCGUUGAUGCUUAUAGCAAAUGGCCAGAAAUUUUUCCGACCCGCCAAAUUACGACGAAAGCCACCAUCAACCUGCUUCGCACGCUCUUCGCCAACAAAGGGAUGCCAGAACUUCUCGUUACAGACAACGGCACCCAGUUCAAGAGCGCGGAGUUCAGCCAGUUUUGCAGCGAAAACGGUGUACGACACAUCACCACGGCACCGUUUCACCCACAAUCAAACGGCCAAGCCGAACGGUUUGUCGACACUUUCAAGCGAGCGGUUCGAAAAAUCCAGGAAGGAGAAGGCACUAUCAAGGAAGCACUUGACCUUUUCCUGAUGACCUACCGCACUACACCCAAUCCGAACGUGCCAGACAAGAAAUCACCUGCAGAAGCAAUGUACAAUCGACCACUGCGAACAACCAUGGAUCUUCUUCGAGCACCACCCGAACAAGUAGCAGAUCAAGCCAACUCGAGUCAAACCAGAACGUUCGCACCUAAGGAUUUCGUGUACGCCAAAGUCUAUUCACGUAACAAAUGGACUUGGACGCCGGGUACCGUGGUCGAGAAAGUGGGCAAGGUGAUGUACAACAUCUGGUUGAAUGACAGGAGGAUGAUUCGGUCCCACAUAAACCAGCUUAGGGCCAGGACCGGGACCAUAGCGAAGUCACCAUCGUCAAAGCAACAGCUGCCAAUCAACAUCCUGUUGAAUGAAUGGAAAUUGUCCACCGCUUCAACGCCUAUAGUGCGGGCGUCCACAUCACCACCGCUGGGAAAUGUCGAACCGACGUCGCCAACGUCGAUAGUGGGUCAGCCUGUGGCCUCCCCAGCAUCCAGUAGUUCAAGCUCAACUUCAACUUCGUCUUCAUCAGCGGACUUCCGAUCUGCUAACGACUCGUCUCCUGCGGUCAGGCUACCUAGGCGCUCUUCUCGCAACCGAAGACCGCCUCAAUGGUUCCAGGCGUACCGCAGAUAUUAAGGAGGGAGAUGUUGGGAGCACUGGCAACUCUGACCCAGAUUCUACCACAGGGCUCACCGUUGGCAGGCGACUGUCAUCCGGAUAGACGUCACAUGUGUCAACACUGCAUUUCUAUAUGUUGAGUUAGAUUGUCAUUCUCGAUAAUGAAGAGACAAGUUUUAUUGUAUCCCGCGAAAUAAAGUUUUAAUAGUUUGUAACGUACAAUUUUAUUGUUCAAUUAUUUGAAUAAAUACACCGCCUCGUCACGUUACAACAAGCGAAGAAUAAAUUUCCAUAUUUUAUUGAAACUUAUUUCAAAACUUCACGUUUCAUCUUGCCCCACCCGUUCCAGCUUGCCCCGGUGUACCUUACAGCUUUUAGUUAGAUAAAACAAUUUUCCUCAGUUUUCUUGGGAUGAACCGAAACUAUACCCACUUCAGCUUCAUCCUCGGCUACCAGCUUGAGAGCUGCUGGCAAUUCUUCAAGUACCGCUUCUACUUGCGGUCGACCUUGUCAAAUUGGUGUUUCAGGGAGUGGUUCCAGCACGUAGUUGCACCGAUGCUCUUGUGGAUUACAGGGCAAACAUGUCGAACAGUAUUCCGAGCAGUAUCGAACCUGCACUGAAACGGAAUUGGUUUUGAUUGGAGUAACUGCACGCAAAAACGGCAACGCUCAAAAAUGUGUUCGGCCUGCACAUUUUUAGUAAACAUCCAUGCCGCACAUGACUGUGUUGGAAACACACAUUUUUUUAAAAUUGCUCGUACGCUCACAUGAGCAUGUAUUUUGCAAUAAUUUCGACAUGGCAACCUCACUGAGUUUAUAAACCACCUUCAAAUACCGAAAAAUAUUGAUAUUUUGCAAAAAUGUGAGCGUACGAGCAAUUUGAAAAAAUGUGUGUUUCCAACACAGUCCCUGUGCGGCAUGGGCGCAACUCAAAAAUGAGAGUUUUUAUUUUAGAGAGUGAAUAAAAGCUUCUUCCGUCCGUACAGGUCCGUACCAGUUGUCUCCAAGAGUAUUAUCGUCGCACCACCAAAUCGAAGUCGUCGCUAGAAGCACAUGCGAAGUUGCAGCUGCGAAGUAAAUUUGAAUCUAUUUUUUCUGUUGCGCAUCAUUAAGCUAAUUAAGAGCAACAAUAUGCACUAAUCCAAAUUGAGUUGCGACAUUUCUAAGUAGGUUAAAAAUCAAUUUUCGCACGUUCGGUCACUUUGUAUUUCGACCAAAAGCAUAAUAUAUUUUGGUUGACACGAGUUACGCCUCGUCAUCUUUUUACCCUUCUUACACCCAUAAGAAGGGUAUAAAUACCGCUCGAAAAACCGACUUUCGAUCCGAGGCCCGCAGGGCCGAGUCUCAUAUACCAAUCAACUCAGCUCGACCAACUGAGCAAAUGUCUGUGUGUGUAUGUGUGUGUGUAUGUGUGUGUGUGCGUAUGUUACAAAAAAAAAGUCACGCACGUUUCUCAGCCGUCUGAUAUCCGAUUUGGAUUCUCUUAGUUGCAAAUGAAAGUUAUAACAUCCUAGUAGAACCCUAUUGAAUUUUAUUACGAUUGGACAUUUGGUUACCGAGAUAUCUUUCGAUGAGUACUUUGAAGUCAUAUAGGUUAGCUUUUUGAGAGAUUUUUGACAUUUAGCAUAUUGAUGAAUAUCUCAGCCGUCUGUCAACCGAUUUGAGUUCUCUUGGCAGCAAAUGAAAGCUACAACAUCCUAGUAGAACGCUCUGAAGUUUUAUUUCGAUUGGACAUUUGGUUACUGAGAUAUCUUUCAAAGAGUACUUAGGAGUUAUACAACUAAACUUUUUGAGAUUUUUAACAAAGUGUAUCAAACUAAAUAUCUCAGCCGUGUGUCAAUCGAUUUGGGUUCUCUUGGCACCAAAUGAAAGCUACAACAUCCUAGUAGAUUGCUCAGAAAUUUUCUUAGGAUUGGACAUUUGGUUACAGAGAUAUCUUUCGAAGAGUACUCAGGAUUUAUACAACUAAACAUUUUGAGAUUUUUGACCAAGUGUAUCAUAAUAAAUAUCUCAACCGUCUGUCAACCGAUUUCGGUUCUCCUGGCACCAAAUGAAAGCUAUAACAUCCUUGUAGAACCCUAUACAAUUUUAUUAGGAUUGGACAUUUGGUUAUCGAGAUAUCUUUCAAAGAGUACUUGGGAGUAAUACAGGUUAAACUUUUGAGAGAUUUUUGACCAAGUGUAUCAUAAUAAAUAUCUCAGCCGUCUGUCAAUCGAUUUGGGUUCUCUUAGCACCAAACGAAAGCUCCAGUAUCCUUGUAAAAGGCCCUGAAAUUUUAUUUCGAUUGGACAUUUGGUUACUGAGAAAUCUUUCGAGGAGUAUUUCAAUAAAUUCCUUUUUUUAUUAUUAUAUUCGUUUGUUAUCUUGCAUAAGCUUUUGACCAGUCUAUGGGAAAUUAUUGUUCAAUCAAUAAUGCUGACCUCAUAUAAAGUGUACGCUAGAAGAUUAUUGUUUUCAAUAAAAUUAUAAAUAACAAAUUACAAAUAAACAGGAAUUCUAUGAAAACUAACAAUACAUUAAAUGAGAGCUUUGAAUUUAUAUGUUGUGGGAAAAAUGCAAGAACUGGACAGCCAAAACACAGACAAACAGACGUAACAGCUUCAACGAUUUUCAUGGAAAUCCAUCGCCCAGUUCACACUACCAUCACCUGGUGGAAAAGUUGCACGAAUCACUGUAUUGUGCCAUAUCGUCAACAGAAGGCGCUAGUGUGAAACGUCAAACGCAUAGAAAAACGAUGCGCGCGCCUCUGGUCGUGAAAUCCACAAUUAUAAAAAUUUAAAAUGAUCGUUAAAAGCGUGGUCGAUGGAAAUUUCGCAAGUGUUACGUCUGUUUGUCUGUGGCCAAAAUAACUAGCUAAUUCCAAAACUGAUUAGCAUAGUAGAUAUAUUAUUUUUGUCAUUUUUACACCAUAACCAUGAAUACCAAGUACUUCGGAGCUAAUUUAUUCGACUGAUUAAGAGAUAUUAGACAAAGUGUAUCUCGCUUAUUUUCUUAUCCAUUUGUUUAUCGAUUCAAGAUCUUUUGGCAGUUAACAAAA